CUAAUUAUAGGAGCAUAAACAUAAACUUUUUUUUGCUUCUGGAUGCUGCCAUGUUUGCUUUGCUGUGCUUUUCCAUCAAUCUUUACAUCUGCCGCAAGCCCUGUGAGCUUGACGGGGCCAGGCUCAGCGCCACAGAGAAUCAUCCUGUCACUUUCCAUGUCUCGGCGUCUUCCCCCGGCGGCGUCACUCUUCUCCCUCGCUGCACAGAUCAAAGAACUGACACAUGCCCCAAUGUUGUCUCUCCCCUUCUCCCUUAUAUCUCUGACUUGCACUCUUUCUCGAUCUUAACCCUUUACCUCUGUCACUCACCAUCUCUUUCUGUCCUUACAUCCAGCUUUCUUCCUGACUACAUCAGUGGGGAUUUUGAUUCCAUCACACCAGAGGUUAAAGCUUUCUAUGCAGACAAGGGGUGCGAGCUCAUAGAAACAGCUGACCAGGAUCUAACCGACUACACCAAAUGUCUUGUAAAAAUGCUGGAAGAGAUACGGAGACGAAAGCUGCAGGUGGACACCAUAGUGACGCUGGGUGGGCUAGCAGGGAGAUUUGACCAAACCAUGGCAUCGGUUGAGACGCUCUUUCAUGCUCAGUCCAUGACACAGCUGCCUGUUUUGAUCAUACAGGAAACGAGCUUGGCAUACUUACUCCGACCCGGCAUCCACAGACUGGGGGUAAACACCGGCCUGGAGGGAGAGUGGUGCAGCCUCAUUCCUAUAGGUGGACCCUGCCAGACAGUCACCACAGGACUCAAAUGGAACCUGGAUAACCAGGUCCUGCAGUUCGGGACGUUAGUGAGCACCUCCAACACCUACGAACCCACAGCACCAGGGAGCCCCAGGAAGCCUGUGACUGUGACCACCGACCAGCCGCUGCUGUGGAGCAUGGGCCUCCACAUUCAUGAGAAAUAACAGACUGUUUGGUCAGAAGUGACUUCCUUUUGUUUUGUUUUCAAAACAAGGUGGAACAAAAACCAGAAUCAGUAUUUGGAUCAAAAACCACUUGUUACAGUGGAGUGGAUUUAGUCACACUUUGAAAGAUCAGAACUGAUUUCAAGCCAUUUGCUAAUUUUGACUGUAGAUCAUGUCCAUAAGAUCACAUUGAACUGUAUCCCACACCAUGUGCCUUCAACUGCUCUCUUUUUUUUUUUUUUCCCACCCAAGAAAAGCGAAUAGUGCCUUAUGUCAUGUUUUAGACUUGGGCUUGCCAUAACUGCAUUAUUGCACUCAAUUCCAAAAUGAAAAAUCGUUUUCACUAUAAAGUGACAAAUUUCCAAAUUUA